UCAAUCUAAAACACACAUCACUCAUUGGUGAUUGUUCAUCCUAGCUUCAAAAUUUAUUCAAAUAUAUAAAAAAAUACUAUAGGAAUGCAACAUUCGAAAUUUUUUCAACUGGGGAUAGGGGAUGAGCAACUCGCUCAACCUUUUACCUCGGUAGUGGCUGAAACACACACCUCCCAAGAGCCCAAUUAUACCAUAACCUAGUCAAAGACUUAAAGACCCCUAAAAUAGGUCCAUGAGUGUGACAAGAACAAUACAAAAAAAAAGAGACCGAAAAAUGUGAAAAUCAUCAAGAUGUUGAGACAAUUAUCACUGAUUAAACAAGCUCAACCAACCUGGAACACUUACCUUCUCUACCAACUAAAACCCCCAUUUUAUCUUCCAAGAAACACCCUCACCACCGUAAUCCAAUCUCCAUCAUCCUCCGAAGACGCCACCAUAGCAAAACUCGUCCUCGAAUCAGAUCCAACUUCCCUCUCCGAAACCCUAACAAACCUCAAUUUCCAAUGGACCCCACAUCUAGUCAACAACGUUCUCAAGCGCCUUUGGAACCACGGACCCAAAGCCCUCCAAUUCUUCAAACACCUCGAACGCCACCCAACUUACAUUCACUCCACUUCCGCCUUCGAACACGCAAUCGACAUCUCGGCCCGAUUGCGUGACUACAACACCGCAUGGGCCUUAGUGGACCGUAUGCGGACCCUCCGUCUCGGCCCAACUCCACGAACCUUCGCAAUCCUCUCUGAAAGAUACGCAACCGGCGGAAAAGCCCACCGGGCCGUGAAAGUGUUUCUGUCUAUGCAUGAACACGGUUGUAACCAGGAUUUGAAUUCAUUCAACACGAUCCUCGAUGUUCUUUGUAAAACAAAACGCGUUGAGAUGGCGCAUAAUUUGUUCAAAACAUUCAAAGGUAGGUUCAAAUGUGAUAGUGUUAGUUAUAAUAUAAUGGCGAAUGGUUGGUGUUUGAUGAAGCGAACGCCGAUGGCGUUGCAGGUUAUGAAGGAGAUGGUGGAGAGGGGAAUUACGCCGACGAUGGUUACUUAUAAUACAUUGCUUAAAGGGUAUUUUAGGUCUCAUCAAUUGAAUGAAGCUUGGGAUUUUUUUUUGGAGAUGAAGAAGAGGAAGUGUGAAAUUGAUGUUGUUACUUAUACUACAAUGGUUCAUGGGUUUGGUGUUGCUGGUGAGGUUAAGAGAUCGAAGAGGGUUUUCGAUGCGAUGGUUAAAGAGGGUUUGAUUCCUUCAGUUGCUACUUAUAAUGCUUUGAUUCAGGUUUUGUGUAAGAAGGAUAAUGUGCAGAAUGCUUUGUUGGUUUUUGAGGAGAUGGUGGGGAAAGGUUAUGUUCCUAAUUUGACUACUUACAAUGUUGUUAUAAGAGGUUUGUGUCAUUCGGGUGAAAUGGAGAAAGCUUUGGAGUUUAUGGAGAGAAUGGAGGAACAUGGAUGUAGGCCAAGUGUUCAGACAUACAAUGUUGUGAUUCGUUAUUUUUGUGAUGAUGGGGAGCUUGAAAAGGGUUUUGGGUUGUUUGAAAAGAUGGGGAAUGGGACUUGUUUGCCUAAUUUGGAUACCUAUAAUAUUUUGAUUAGUGCUAUGUUUGUGAGGAAGAAAUCAGAGGACUUGGUGGUGGCUGGGAAAUUGUUGAUCGAGAUGGUUGGUAGAGGGUUCUUACCGCGUAAGUUUACUUUUAAUCGGGUGUUAAAUGGACUUGUUCUUACCGGGAAUCGAGAUUUUGCUAAUGAGAUAUUAAGAAUGCAAAGCAGGUGUGGCCGCAUUCUUCGCCAUGUGAAAUUAUGAUAACAUUUGGGUGUGGUUCCUGAGAACACCCAUUUCUGUUUCUGUUGUCUUCCCCUGCAUUCUGCAGAUUAUGAACUGGUUUUAGGCUCGGUAAUGACUUCACAAGUUUGAGAACAAAAACGAGUCUUUGAUGGGGAAAAUGAACCUGUGGGUGAUGCAAGUUCCACAGGGGGAACAAAGAAUACUACUGGCUUGAAGUAAAUUAUUUUCUUCCAGACUGGUGUCUCAUUUUUGGCACAACAAUUUGUUUGGCAUUUGGUCAUGCAGUUUAAUAACUGAGGGUUGAGAACUCCCUAAUUCACUGCUGUUCAAUGAGAAAGUGCACAUGGUAAACUUUUAGCAAGUGUAUGUCAACAAAGGAACAUGGUUGGAGAGCUUCAAAUCAUCUUUAUACUUGCUAGUAGUUUUUAUAGGAUACUCCUAACUUCUUUCAGUGGUUGUAAGCUGUGACUUGAUGCUUAUCAGUUCAGCUAGCACUGUAAAAUAUCAUUGUAUUUUUAAAUCCUGAACAAACUAUUUUUUGAAGUCUCACUGGUUUUAGGAUUAUUGAGAAACUGAGGAGUUCCUCGUGGCUUCUGCCCUUUCAGUAA